CCUAAUGAUAGAGGUCAUGGCAAGAUAUGUUGUGCCAGUUGUUAAACUUCGCUUCGUUUAUGUUGUUGGGGUCUUUUUUGGCGAACGAAUUACAGCUAGCUAACGUUAUCUUUGGGCUGCUUUGAAGCGAAAAUUAGCUAGCUUCAUGGCAUUUUAUUGUGCCGUCCGUUUGCAGAACAGCAUCAUCAGAUAGUUAAUGUUAACAACAGGCUAGCUUGUGAGCAGACAUGAGUCCUGCUGCUGGAUCGUGGCGGAGUAAUGCAGCGACUCUCCCGGUCGCUUCGGACUCCCCCGGUGCACCUUUCUCGUUAACGGCUGAUCUUCUGCGCCUUUUCAGCUAUGUAAAAUACGAAAAUUUAGCUGCCGGACUGAGCGGAGGAGUCAUAUCAACAAUGGUGCUUCAUCCUCUGGAUCUUGUCAAAAUUAGAUUUGCAGUGAGUGAUGGGUUGGCGCUGAGGCCCAAGUACGAUGGAAUGCUGCACUGCAUGAAAAGCAUCUGGCAAUUCGAGGGGAUCAGGGGGCUUUACCAAGGAGUGACCCCAAAUAUCUGGGGAACAGGAACUUCCUGGGGGUUCUACUUCUUCUUCUACAAUGCGAUCAAGGCAUUCAAUCAAGAAGGUCGCCAGUCUGAACUGAGCGCUGCAGAUCACCUGGUGUCUGCAGCACAGGCAGGGGUGCUGACUCUUUGCCUGACAAACCCAGUCUGGGUGACCAAGACUCGUCUGGUCCUGCAGUAUAAUGCUGACCCAUCCAGGAAGCAGUAUAAAGGGAUGCUGGAUGCCCUGUGGAAGAUAUAUCGCCACGAAGGGAUUCCAGGACUGUACAGGGGCUUUUUGCCUGGUCUCAUAGGCACUUCCCAUGGUGCAUUGCAGUUCAUGGUAUACGAGGAGCUAAAGAGAGACUAUAACAAGUAUAAGAAGAUGCCGUCAGAAGCACAGUUGACUCCGUCUGAAUACAUUGGAAUGGCAGCAGUAUCCAAAAUAUUUGCUGUGGCCACAACAUACCCCUACCAGGUAGUCCGUGCCCGCCUGCAGGACCAGCACAAUACCUACAACGGGAUUCUGGAUGUACUCAGGAGAACGUGGAGGAACGAGGGGGCGGUUGGAUUUUACAAAGGGAUGGUGCCCAAUCUGAUCCGAGUCACCCCAGCUUGCUGCAUCACUUUUGUGGUCUAUGAGAACGUGUCACGCUUUUUGCUUGGGCAAAACAUAUGAGACAUGCAAUGAGUCUGCCAAAACGCCCAAAAGUGGAAAGAAAAAAAAGACUCCAUGUGAAAACGCAACCCAGCAGGCCAACAAGACUCGUGUAUGGGCUAUGGGGCCAACAAACUUUCCAGAGACCCAAGAGCCUCACAAGUCUUCAAUAACAAAAGAUUACAGCAAAAGAUUUCCAUUUGGCUGGAUCGAAAGAAAUUCAGUUGGCACUGACGUUUGUCAGUGAAGGAGCCACUGUGAAUGUGACGGUUACAUCCCAGAUGAUGGCCAAAUAUUUGGACAGAGUUUCUAGCUACGUCCUGAAGACUUUUUGUUAUAUGCUUCUGGAACAAUCGGGAUACCAUAGUAUUUAAUGUUAAAAACUGUACUUUACUGCCAAUUGUAUUCUGUCACCUUAAAUAAUGCAUAUUAUGUCAGACAUGAAAGUAUUAAAAGUCACCCUGGGUUGUUUAAAUAGAAAUUAAGGGAAAUGCUGGUUUAGGAAACCAAAGCACUUUUUAGUCAGUGUUUGUAAAGGAUUCUGUUGCAUUACACAAAAUAUUUCUUGGAUUUUAAAUUCAAGUAUCAAUUUAAAAAUGGUUAGAAAAAAGUUGCCAUUGAACAAAAGAUGUUAUUUAAUCUGUGAGGAAAGUCCUUGCUGUUUGUAAAAUUACAUUGGUGUAUUAUUGUGUGAAAAUAUUUUUUGAGCCAUUUGUUCCGUCCUUUCAUUUCAGAGUAUUAUAUCAUACUGUUCAGCUGUUUAGUGUGACGUUUAGGUCAGAAGACUUCAUAGAUUCCACACCUGCACUAGGUAAUUCUUGCUUAUCUUAUUCAAUGAAUAACACUUUACCUAAAACUCAGCGAUUCUCAAUGUAAACACUAUUGUGUACCUCUACUCCACACAAAUGUACAGUUUCUGUAAAUUCUGGUGCUAUAUAGGGGUGUUCAACGGGUCAUGUCUUUGACUGUCAUUUGUUUUCGUGUAAAGGCAACAAGCCAUAUUCAUUCUUGCCAAAUGCAGGGCACACCCUCUAGAAGUGAUGAUAUAAUAAAUAACUUUAUAUCCUGAACAGUAA